AAAUAAGUGCAUUUGCAGAAACAGGCUGAAAAAUGAAAAUCCUAUGGAUUAUUUUAUUUCAGUUUUUCUGCAAACUCGCAAAAAACUCAGUUGAUGGAUGCUAUGCUUUUUCGAAAGAAAAACCAAACCCGUGUGUAAACCUACAGUGUGGUUAUGGCUUCACGUGCCUGGUCACGUCAGAUGGUUUAUCAGCGAGCUGCCACUGUCCGGAACGUUGCUCCAAUUUUGGCGACCAUGAGACUUCUCGGCCACUAUGCGGCUCUGAUGGUCUCACGUACGACAAUCAUUGCGAGAUGCUGCGGAAAUCUUGCUCUACUGGAACAUUGAUAACCGGGAAACAUGAUGGUAGAUGCGAGGAGCAGCCGAGUACUUCAACACCUUCGCUCACAGCAAGUAGUCCACUCCCAGCACAGAUGACAGAACAGCUUGAGCAAAAUCCCGAUCUUAAUGAACAUAAACAAAUUGGAGAACAAGAAUUGGAGCAGCAAAUGCUUGAACAGCAACGCCACGAACAUCACAGACUCAAACAAGAUUGGUUAAAGUUUGGCCCAAAAGAAAACACCCAUUUACAGCAGCCAGAUGAUGCUUGCAAGGAUAUUCGAUGCGAUUUUUCUGCAACAUGCGAGCUUGGUGAAGAUGGUUUUCCACGUUGCGUUUGUCGCUUUGAUUGCGAGAAUGAAGAUUUUUCUGCAGAAAAAAUUUGUGCUUCCGAUAUGCGUUUAUACAAAUCUGUUUGUGAGAUGGCUAAAGAAGCCUGUAAUUUGCAGCAGGAUCUCAGACUUCGUCCUAUGGAGCUCUGUCAAGGUGCUGAAGUAAAACCGUGCAAAGGUGAUUUACCAAUCGUCAAUCCUUUAACUGGAGUGGAACUGAACUGCGGCAAUCGGCCUUUCAGGCAAGAUUGUCCAUCUGGAAGUUAUUGUCAUCAAACUGCAGCAUUUGCAAAGUGCUGCCGAAAAGAUGACUCUUCACUUCCUGUUAAGCACUGUUCAGCCUCCUGGUUCGGAUGCUGUCCAGAUGGUGCGACGUUUGCGACGGAUGCUGAAGGAACUGGUUGCCCAUCUGUCUGCAAUUGCAAUAAACUCGGAUCAAUCGAAACAGGUUGUGAUCCGAUCAGUCAGCAAUGUCAUUGUAAACCAGGCGUUGGGGGCUUACAAUGCGAUCGAUGCGAACCUGGGUAUUGGGGUCUACCAAAAAUCACCAGUGGUCAUCAGGGAUGUAUACCUUGCAAUUGCUCACCAUACGGAUCAGUGCGAGAAGAUUGUGAGCAGAUGACCGGCCGAUGUGUUUGUAAACCUGAAAUCCAGGGGCAAAAGUGUACUGUUUGCAUAGAUCAUGAAAAAGUUUUAGGUCCAAAUGGCUGUGUACUACAACUCCCAGCAACUGGAACAGAUUGGCCACUGCGUCCAUAUACAUCAUUUCACUAUACCCCAAGUGAUGAUUUGAAUUCAGCUUUAUCAAAGUCAACUCGUCACCUGUUGUAUCCUGAUCCCAGGGAACCAUUUACAUUGACGCAUAACAAUAUGGCUCAUGCACACCCGGAGGAGCCAGCUUUAGCUAACGAGUACAAUAACGUCGACGAUGAAAUUGUUGAUGAUAUGAAUUGGAAUUACAAUAUUCCAUCCUUUGAUGGUUCUUCACAUAUUCGGAUCAAACCCAUGAAAGCAUACUACAAAUUUGAUGUUGAGAUCGAAUUCAAAACUAACACAAAUAAUGGCAUUAUGUUUUACAAUGGCCAACAUAUUGAUGGGAAAGGAGACUUCAUAAGCUUAGCAAUAAUAAAUGGUUAUCUUGAGUUUAGAUAUAAUUUAGGCAAUGGUAUCGUUAUAAUCACCUCACCAGAGCGUCUGGAGCUACGAUGUUUCCAUACGAUCACAGCAAGAAGAUACAACCAGGACGGAGAACUAAAAGUUGACAGUGGCUACUCAACUGCAGGACAUUCGAGGGGAAAAUUCAAGGCACUCGAUUUGAAACGAGACGGGUACAUCGGCCACGUACGCACAAACUUUACCAGGAUAUACGAGAACAUUGGCACAGACAACGGUUUCGACGGUUGCAUUAAGAAGUUUAAAAUAAAUCGUAAAUUAAUAGAUCUUUGGAUAGAAAAAGAUGACACCGUUUUAGAAGUAGUCGGAGUAAAAGACUGUGUUCAAACGCCAUGUUCAAAUAUUGUUUGCAGUAUGAAUGACAAUAUAACUUGCUCUUUUGAUGAGAACGAAAUAGCAUAA